AUGCGAGUCUUGAGGUUCAUUGUUGCUUUGUUGACGUUACAAAUUUCAGAAAAAAAGUUUGUAUGCAGCUCGAUAAUAAAACGCACAAUCAAUCCUCCCGAAUCAAUUGUGUUACAAACACUUCACACAAAAUAUUGGUCAUUUAAGGCUCAUGUUCCUGUUAAUUAUGAUCCCCAAAGUAAAGGCUUCAUGGUACAUCAUGAUGGUACCCAUUUGUAUAUGGGUGAGUAUCCAGGAACAAUUUUACUGCGGACUGAGUACAAGGACGAUUUGACAUUGCAUACGAAAGAUCGUAAGGCUUUGGUGUAUCACCCACUCAACCCUUUAGGUUUGGAGCAUGAAGCAGGAUCCCCGUUCUUUAUUGAAAUGGUAGAAGAAAGAAGGGAGCCAGAAAGUCCUUACAUGCUUUUCUACUCAACAUCUCUGCAUUUCACAACCUGCAAAGAAAACGAAAAAUGGAUUAUUUACUCCGGCGACAUGAACAUCCCUUCACUUGAUUGUGUUCCAAUAGAACUUGUCGGAAUCAGGUACAAAGGAUGGAGGACAAAUGACAAAAGACCUUUUACUAUCAAGAACCCGGGAGAAGAUGGAUUGGAUGCUCCUUGGAAUGACCAGUUGAUUCCUAUGUAA